AAGUGAGUUGACAUUUGAAAAGGCCCGGGCCUCGAAUCUGGGAUCAGACCAGUUGCAAGAUUUUGAGAAAGACAUAAGAAAGGAGCCAGAACCUGUACCAGUCCUGGUCUAACGAAGACGUAUACUGACUUCUGAACACACACACCAUGUCAACCCCACUGAAAGUCGUGCUGUUUCUUGGCUCGGUGCGGGAAGGUCGAUUGGGCCUACGCGUCGCCAAGUUCAUGUUAAAUCAGCUGAAGAAAAAGGGCUAUGAGGUGUCAUUCUUUGAUCCGGUUGAGAUGCCCUUCACCCUGCUCCAUAAACCCAUCUUCAUGUACCGAGACAAGGCAGAGAUUCCAGACUGGCUCAAGACUGCAGAUGAACAGAUCCGUGCGGCAGAUGCGUAUGUUGUUGUGUCUGCUGAGUACAACCAUUCCAUCCCCCCUGCCCUGUCUAACAUGUUAGACCACUUCGGAGGAUCAGCCUACGCUUUUAAACCUUCCGGCAUUGUCACCUACUCAGCUGGUCAGUAUGGUGGGAUGCGUGCGGCCAUGCAGCUGAGAGCCAUGUUAGGAGAACUGGGGAUGCUGAGUAUCUCCAACAUAUUUGGUGUUCCUGUGGCACAGAAGAGUCUUUCUGAGGACGGAGAGCCGCUGAACGACCACAUGGAGCGCGGCGCCGACCGUCUGAUCAGUCAGCUGGACUGGUACGCUAACGCUCUCCGCAACCACCGCAACACUGCAGGCAUUCCCUCAUAAACAUUGUAUUUUGCUUAACACUGUGUUAUUGCAGUCAACAGAAGCGGAAAUAUUAUAUCUACACACUUUUACAUGUACCUAAUUCAGUAAUAAUAAUUAUUGGUGUCUUAUACGGUAUAAUUGUGCCUUCAAAUAUCAGAGUUAUCAACCAAGAAUUGAGGUAUUAAAAAACACGUAUUUCCCCAGAACUAUCGUAGACUGGAACUCGUUGCCACCAAGCACAGUUGGGGCAUCAU